GCAGUCAGAGCAUGUGGAGGACAGUGUAAAUGCCACACCAACUCCUGGAAUGGAUGUAGAGGCGUUCUGGGCCAACUCACCUGUCGGCUUCAUUCCUACAUCAUCCGCUGCCACAAGCUGUGCCCAUGCACCAACUGCCACUACGAGUGCUGCCUCUGCAACUACCAGCGUUCGUACCCUAAGGAGCAACACACCAGUAGCUCCAGAAAUCAGCUUGCCCAUGGUGGAAGUGGCCGGCCCUGAAGGAAGCAUGUUAGUGCACAGACCAUGGACUAGCGCUGACAUAGCUGACUUUGCUCAAAAUCUCCCAGACAUCACUGUAUCAGGAAAGACAUUUGGUGCCAACCUUCUGGCUUUCUGCCAGGAGUACAGACCCACUGGAGCUGAGAUCCGUCGCAUCCUGGCCAAACGUCUUGCACCUUGUGAAUACCAAAAGCUGGCUAGACAAUUGCCUGAUGUGACACUGGCUCUCAAACACAAAGACUGGACAAACAACUUAAAUGAUGGAUUCGUUACCGCAGUGAGGACGCUUGUUGCCCACCUCGAAACUGCGUUCCCUGAUAAAGUCUGUAUGAUUAAAGUCACCACAUGCAAACAACAACCAGAGGAAUCAGUUGAUGACUUUGUUCACCGCCUCACCACCGCAUACAACACACAUGGAGGGGUUCAUCCUCCCCCGGAAGGAGUGGGAGGACUCAUCUGUUCAACAUACGAGAGUCACCUGUGUGAACUGGUGAUGAAAGGCUUACUCCCUGAAAUUUUUGACGCCGUGAAGCAGUCAUACAUCGGAUGGAAAGAAGAAGCGCGUCUGUCUGACCUCACAAGACACGCACGCCAUGCUUAUGACACUCUCCAGCAGAAGAAGAUGGCGAAGAAGGAAAAACAACAGAGCGAAUUGUAUCUGCCAUCCUUGGAGAUGUUCUCUGCAAUGCAUAACAAUAACAGAGGAGCGAACAGGUUUCGCGGGCGAGGACGAGGAAGAGACUUCAGACGGAAUUGGCCCAACAGAGACACAGGAGGCGCAUCUGGAGAUCCAGGAAACGCUUGCCACAUCUGCGGCGAGAUGGGACACUGGAAGAAGUACUGCCCCCGGCUACGUCAGGUUCCACCCUCCCGGGCACUCUCGUCAGACUGACUAGAGAAGGAGCCCAGCGAAGGUUUCCGUUCACAUGAUGACGUAGACGGUGAAAGCGGCUCUGCCCAAACAGGCGACAGAACCACUGCACAUCAUUCAACCAGGAGACUGGGUGAUCAUUAAGGAGCUUCGCAGGAAGCACUGGAACUCAAAGCGGUGGCAAGGUCCCUUCCAAGUCCUUCAGACGACCAACACGGCUGUGAAGAUCGCAGAAAGAGUGACUUGGAUCCAUUCCAGCCACUGCAGGAAGGUCCCGGAUCCAACAGACGACCCUCCAUCUCCAUCUACACCACACGAGAAAACCACCACCGACGAAAAGAAUUGAGAAGGACGACCCUCGCUGUGCUCACACACGCACUGAGGCGAGGCUGCGUUGACCGUUCAGCUAAAGGUGUGAGCCAAGCGCCGCCUGAAGCUGCGCCGGUGAAUCACACUAUCAGACCAUACAUCUACACACACGCUCCUGAGAAAACACACACACAAGCAGCCUUGAGUUGCCAACGCUGGACGACGUGUAGACUCUUCACAUCACGGGGAGUGACAGUGACUCAGACGACAUUGGGAGGAAACCUGGAGGUGAUAACAAAUCCCAGGUGUCUCUGUGAUCAGCUGAUCACAACCUGAAGAACCCCAACGAACUGUCAAGGUGUCAACAAACAGGUUGGGAACAAUCUAACGCUACUAUUCAACAGGAAGAAGAAGACACUGAUUGUGACCCUGUUGCUUUGAUCCUUAUUGUAUGUUACUUUAAUAUUUGCUCUAAAUUGUGUGGUUGAUUUACAUGUAUACCUCUCUGUGAUUUCAUCCACUAUUCUUAAACAAAGCAUUUUAUGCUUCCACUUGAUUCACACUUACACUCAAAUUUUUAUCUUCCACUGACACAAAAUGACAUUUACCAGACGAAACACGAUAAAAAUGAUUGUCAUAUCAACCAUUGCGGUGACAUGUGUGACCCUCCCGUACUUCUGGAGAACUCGCACAUUUGUUCACUAUAGAUCCAAACGCAACAUUAAGGACCCUAAAGCCUGGCAGCUUGCCCAAAACUACGUAAAUCAGAACCCCACAGGGAACUUAUGGUUAGCGUACCUCAAGUACACUUCUAAAACCCUCACAAACAAUUCAUGUGUAGCAUGUGCUGUCGCCAGACCCGAUCUCAUGGCUGUGCCCACUCCCUUUAACAGCAGUGAGUGUUACAACGAGCGACAACUGCACAAUAAAGACACCGGGUGUAGAUACACUGCGGACCCCAGCAUUCCAAGAUGUGAUCCGUCUUGCAAAAUGCGCGCCUUGCACAUUCUGGGCAAGGGUAUGGAGAUGUACAGUCCCGUCACACAUAAGAAAGUUAAGGUGGCCGACAUCAAGGUAACGAAAAAGGAGCCCGCGGCUCCCUUGUAUUACACGGUGUGUACCACGUGUGAGUUUGAAUGCUUCACCUCCAGCCUCGACGGAGGAAUAGAUGUACUGUAGGCCACUUUCCCAAUUGUCACCUGACGUGGGACGUCUCCAACGCACACGGACUUAACCCUGAAGACCAUGUGAUCCGGUUUGCGAUUCCAACUCACACCGGUGCUGCCCCUUUACCCUCAUAUACAUAUAGGAUCAAUAAUGUCUCACACGUUGCCCCAUCCUCCACCGACUUAGUCCAGCAAAGGAAGCCCUUGUCCGACAUGUGGUGGCUCUGUGGGGAUCACCCCAGGGCCACCUUACCAACCAAUUGGACCGGCACCUGUACUCAGGUAGUGUUCCUCACAGGGGGAAUACACCUUUUGCCCUCAGCUCCACAGAAACACUCACGCACCAGACGCAGUGCUCCAGGAGGUUCCUUGGAUCCUGACCUUUACAUGGAUGCAAUAGGCGUACCACGAGGAGUGCCGGAGGAGUUUAAGGCUCGCAACGAGCAUGCGGCAGGGUGGACGAGUGCUAUACCCUUUAUGGGCCCCAUAAUAGAGGUUAACAAGAAUUCGGCCUGGAUCAACUACCUUUAUUACAAUCAACAGCGUUUCAUCAACAAAACUGCGGGCGGUAUGAGAGGCAUGUCUGGGCAGCUGGCUCCCACGUCUCAGAUGACUUGGCAGAAUAGAAUGGCCCUGGACAUGUUGCUAGCGGAGAAAGGAGGUGUCUGCGUUAUGUUUGGAGAAGCGUGCUGUACUUUUAUCCCCAACAACACUGAUUCUAAUGGUACUGUGACAAAGGCUAUUGAGGGCCUUGAGAGUCUUAGAGACGAAUGGGCUAGAAACUCCGGCGUAGAUCCGUCCCCUUGGCGCUGGCUAGACCAAACUUUUGGAAAAUGGAAAUCAGUUUUUAUAUCGGCAAUAGUCUCGCUUAUCAUCUUCAUGGCCGUGAUCAUGUUGCUUGGUUGUUGUGUUAUUCCUCUAAUUAGGGGUCUCAUCAUGCGCGCGAUAUCAGCGGCGCUUUCGUACCAAAUGACACAAUGCACUACAUUCAGGAAUCCAGAUACCGAUUCACUCAUUGGUUCUGAUGCUGACUCUGUAGAGGAUGAUGUUGACGUUGAUAACGAGGACCACAAAGAUGACUCCGAUGAUGAUGGUAGUGACACGGAGACUGACGCCACAAUAGUUUAAAUCAACAUAUAACCCUCUUCCUAUUUUUGCUUGACUGAACGUGAUCUGAUUGAUUAUAGGCUUAUGUCCCUGUCUUUCCAAAGCUCAUACACAAGGGUUAUUCUAGUAUAACUACCCACAAAAACAGCUCACAAGCUUUUUAUCCCUACGCCAUUUACAUUUUUAUAAACAAUACAUUUAACGAAUCAUUUUUAAAGAAUGCUUUAUUACUACAAAAUGAAUGCCACGAUUGACAAUUUUUAUUCUUUUAAUGUUUGAUUAAUGUGUAAUCAAAAGGGGGGAAAUGUAAUGGAAAAAUUGUACUUUAAUGCUUUUGUAUUCAUUUCUGACUCUGCAUAGUGACCAUGCAUUCUGUACUUGUUGAUUAGAUCCAGAACUGAACAUUCUCAGACAGACAAUCUAUCUCCCUCUCAAGGUGACCGAUUGUUCAUGGCCUGAGUCUGCCUUUUAACCCUGGGCUCUGGCUCCUUUCUGUCUGAUGCCUCACCAGACCCAAGGCUGUAGCCUUGUUUAUUCCAUGUGUAAUAUGAACAUCUUCACCCACAGUGUGAUAAGGAGAUUCCACCAGGUCCAGGGAAAAAGGUUAAAAGGCAGAAGCAACUUGAGGAUCGUGGGCUCUUUGCAUUAUACCUCCGUGGUGUGUGUGCACUGAUCUCCCCAGCUGGUUUUCUUUUCUUUUUGAUUUGCUUUCCCCAUUAUUUUUAUUUUCUUUAUUAUUUCAAUAAAUCGCACAAAAAGGACAA